AUGUUUACUAGUCUGCAACGAUUGCAAGAUAUACAAAGAAGUAAGGCUGUCGAACUUCAUAAGAUGAUUUUACUUACGAAAUGUUUGAUAGCGAUGUUGAUGUACAGAGGUGACGAUAUGGAUAAGCUGAGCGACUAUGUGAUGCGGAAAUUCCAGUUCAUCAUGGUAAGAAAAUCUGCUAAAGAGAAGUUCUCGAAAACGUUGUGUUCUUUUCAAAUCAGAGUCGAUAUGGCAGCUGUCGCUAUGGAAGGCAGUUCAAGUACCUUGUCACCGUCUGUCAUCAUCGUUCCCGCCUACACGACUUUCAGAAAAAGUUUCAUCCUCUACGUGACCAUGUUAUUGAAAGGCUUCGCAAACGUUGUCUCGACUUUAUCGGAAAUUUAA